CGAUCGCACCUCUCUCUCCCAGACAGUUUGUGUCCUCACAUCUCUAUUUCUCACUGUCUUCCGCUCCAUCCUUUUUCCUCUCUGUCUUCCCCGUUACCUCUCAUUCUACUGGGAUCCGGGUCUGAACCUCUGCCGGAGCCGGGACGGCUACUGGAAGUGCUGAAUUCCUGGUCUGCCGAGAAGAUUAAGUGGAGUGGACAGCUGGCAGAUGAUCAGAGUGAGAGUGGCAGCCAGGACUGGCUCAUAUUUAUUGACAGGAUUGGAGGAUUGUACAGAUAUUGGCCGGUCGCUGCGGGACGGGGCCAAGAAGCCUCUGGGCUGUUUUGUGUAAUGUGAAAUCCUGCCCUGAGGGUCCUUUGGCAUCUUGACAUCUUCCGCAGAAGCUUCCGUCAACUGAACACCCACAAGUGCAUGGAGGACUCGUGCAUCUUCUGCGCUCUGAAGAGCAUCUUCGCCCAGUUCCAGUUCAGCAGUGAGAAGGUGCUCCCAUCGGACGCUCUGCGCAGCGCUCUGGCCAAAACCUUCCAAGACGAGCAGCGCUUCCAGCUGGGCAUCAUGGACGACGCGGCUGAGUGUUUCGAGAAUCUCCUGAUGCGGAUCCACUUCCACAUCUCGGAUGAGACCAAGGAGGACAUCUGCACGGCCAAGCACUGCAUCCCACAUCAGAAGUUUGCCAUGACACUUUUCGAACAGUGUGUUUGCAAUAAUUGUGGAGCUACUUCGGAUCCUCUCCCCUUCAUUCAGAUGGUGCACUACAUCUCCACCACCUCUCUCUGCUGCAGUAACCAAGCUGUGCGAAUGCUGGAAUGUAAGGAGAAGCCCACACCCGAUAUGUUUGGAGAGCUUCUCCGCAACGCCAGCACCAUGGGUGACCUGCGAAACUGUCCGAGUAACUGUGGCGAAAUGUUGCGGAUUCGGCGGGUUCUGAUGAACUGCCCGGAGAUCAUCAGCAUCGGCCUGGUGUGGGACUCAGACCACUCUGAUUUGGCUGAAGACGUCAUCCACAGCCUGGGCACGUGCCUGCGGUUGGGUGAUCUGUUCUACCGUGUGACGGAUGAGCGGGCCAAGCAAUCAGAGCUCUACCUUGUGGGCAUGGUUUGCUACUACGGCAAGCAUUACUCUACCUUCUUCUUCCAGACCAAGAUACGCAAGUGGAUGUAUUUCGAUGACGCACAUGUGAAGGAGAUUGGACCCAAAUGGAAGGAUGUGGUGUCGAGAUGUAUAAAAGGCCACUACCAGCCACUCCUGCUGCUGUAUGCUGACCCACGAGGGACGCCCGUGUCAUCGCAGGACAUGCUGGCAGCGCAGUUAGACCUGCAUCACAGCAGCAAGGCUGGCUAUGACAGCGAAGACUCCGGGAGGGAGCCCUCAAUUUCAAGUGACACACGCACAGACUCUUCCACAGACAGCUGCAGCUACAAGCACUCUCGAUCACACCAUGAGUCCAUGGCCUCCCAUUUCUCUUCUGACUCUCAGGGAACUGUGGUGUGUAAUCAGGACAGCAGCGGUUCCCAGAACAGCAUGGACACUGCAGGGGAGGUUCUUAAAGACCAGGCCACUCCCCUUUGUACGCCAAGAACCUCUUCUACUGGCCAUCUGCAGGAUUAUAAAGAGACUGUGAAUAUGAUCCACAGCAGACCCCUCUCAUCGUCCUCUAGUUCAGGGGUGGGUGGCUCGGAGGCUGGUGCGCGGUCCAGGGACUGGGAAGACGAGAGCACCAGCAGUGAGUCCAAGUCCAGCUCCAGUGGAGGGCGCUAUCGGCCCACUUGGAGACCCAGGAGAGAGGCCUUGAACAUUGACAGCAUCUUCAGCCGGGAAAGGCAUCGGCCGGCUGGCUACGCCACGCUCGGGCCCUCCCCGCUGCCGGAAGACCCGAUGUCACCAGUGCACAGCGAGCUGGUCUCAGGAGCUGCUGCGGAGGGGUCAAACAUUCCAGCAGCAGAGACAGGGGGCAUGGGCGAUGGCUCAGGGGGUGUGUCAGAGACAGCAGUGGAGCAUCUACCGAUCCCACCACCUUUAAGAGGCGUAGAACAGCAGCCUCGGCUGAUCCAGAGGAUGGAGAGUGGCUACGAAAGUAGUGAGAGGAACAGCAACAGCCCCAUCAGCAUGGACAUGCCCCUCAGCGACAACCAGAGCACCAGUGCUCACAGGGACAGCAGCAGUAAGAGACCAGUAACUUCUGGGCCCUCCUGGCGCACAGUGCCCAAGUCCAAAAGCAGCAGUGCCAUCCUUCAAGACCUCAAAUCACCCACCUGGAGUAGCCCUCCACUGAGUUUGGGAGAGGGGCGCAGCGAGCUGGAUGAAUUGCAGGAGGAAGUUGCUCGCAGGGCCAGGCAGCAAGAGCUCCAGAGGAAGAAGGAGAAGGAGAGAGAAGCAGCACAGGGCUUCAACCCCAGACCUAGCAAGUUCAUGGACCUGGACGAACUUCAGCACCAGGGGAAGGGGGGCAGUUUUGAGCACUGCCUGGCGGAGGCUGACUCUCUCUUAGAGCAGUCGCUGCGCCUGGAGCAAGCUGGGGACACAGCUACAGCCCUGGCGCUCUCCCACCAUGCUGUGUGUAAGUAAUUCUAACCUGCCUCUGCUUGCUACGCCCAACUCCUACGCUAUCUGCUCGGGUAAUCGUCACUUACCCAAUAUAUGCACUUUCUAGGUCCAUUUUGUAAGAAAGCAGCUCCCAAAACAUUCAUAUUCUUGCAACACGACACAAAUACACUGCCUUCCCUUCCUGCAGCACCCUGUGUGUGUUUGCUUCUGUUUGUCUCUCUGUGUGCUUGUUCUUCUCGCUUAUGUGUGUGGCAUAUUAUUUGUCAUCAUCCAAUCCUUCCUCUAGGGAUGCACUAUAUAUAGGUACUCUAUCAGUUAAUAUUAGAGAAUUUCGUAUUGAUCUUUUUGGUGAAAUUGUCCAUGCUUAUUUUUAUAUUUAGAUUACAUCUACACUACCGGUCAAAAGUUUUUGGAUGGUAAGAUUAUUUAAUGCUUUUAAAAGAAGUCUAUUCUGCUCACCAAGGCUUCAUUUA